UUGCGAAACCUACCGAUCAUCCAAAGAUCAUAGUUCAGGAUGUCUCCGAGACAAGUUGUUCUCGCGCUCCUGCUCUUGAUUUCUCUGGAGUUGACACACGCGACGAGGGACCAAAUCGACGACCAUUCCUACGAAGUCGGCGACAUAUUCGAGGUUCUAAUUGGUGCUAUUCAAGCAAUUUCGAGCACCUUCAAUCAAACGGAAGACCUCAUGAAGUACAAUGGGGUAUCUUUCCUAGCCGACAGCUUCAACGACCCACUCACGAUCGCCAGGACUAAAGGCAACCUCAUCCGGUUGAACGUAGAUUAUCUCCAACACUACAGAGGAGAUAUACAGGAAGAGUUCGCUGGAGUGAUGUACCACGAAAUGACGCGCGUCUUGCAAUGGACCGGCAAUGGUACGGCCCCUAGAGGUCUUAUCAAUGGCAUUGCUGAUUAUGUGAGAUUGAAAGGCGGGCAUGCAUCCAAAAGCUGGCCGAUGAAGGGCUCAGGAUCGAGAUGGGACGAUGGUUUUGCAAUCACGGCUUAUUUUCUCGAAUAUUGCAAUGACCUAAAGCCCGGUUUUGUCGCCAACCUCAAUGCUCUCAUGAAGGAUUCCUACUCCGAGGCGUUCUUCGUCCAGCUGCUUGGAAAGUCUGUGCACCAGCUGUGGGGCGAUUAUAAACUUGCUUAUGCUACCAGAAGAAUCCCCGGCAGCGAGGAGGGCUAUCGAAAGCCGCCCACCAGCAGUUUCGAUUCCCCCAGCAUUUUCUAUCAGCUCACGAUUAGGAGCAGCCAUGGGAACAUACAUUGCCGAUCAUGGUCCGGCUAUAAAUAAGCGCUAUGUGUUGCGAACUAUAUAUCCUCAGUGUGCUUGUUUUUUUUUUCUUUUGGUGAAAUCCUUAGUGUGCUUGUUGGCAAGGGCAUUCGUGUACGUUGUUUUAGAAUUUGAACUAUGUUACUCUACUCUUGAUAUAUGAAA